AUGAAUUUGUGGCAUGAAAAUGGAAUAUCUGCCCCAUCAAUUAAUAAGUCUACUGGAUACAGUGCGCAGCAAAAGACAAAGGUUUGGUCCAGAACAGAAUCAGAACAGAAUCGGGUCAUGCACCGGGAUCUCAAACCCGACAACAUACUAAUGUGUAAAGAUGGUUAUUUAAAGGUGGCAGAUUUCGGCAUGGCGCGAGAAUGUAAAUUACCUCUUCGGCAAUAUACUCCGGGCAUGUGUACACUGUGGUACCGGGCGCCAGAACUACUCCUUUUAAGCAAAGAAUACUCCACUUCUGUCGACAUGUGGAGUAUCGGCUGUAUAUUCGCCGAAUUCAUUAACUUGUGGCCACUGUUCCAGGGCAAAUCGGAAAGUGAUCAGUUAAAGAAAAUUUAUAAGGUACUAGGCACGCCGUCAGACACCGUUUGGCCUGGUUACAGUACCUUGCCAUUAGUUGGAGACAUAACAUUCGAUGAGUAUGCACCGAGCGGGUUGCGUAAAGAGUUAAAACACAAAAUACUUUCCGAUAGCGGAUUAGAUUUACUACAAAGAAUGUUAAAAUAUGACCCAAAAAGACGUAUAAGUGCAAAGGAAGCUUUACGACAUAAAUAUUUUGAUGACGAACCGGUGGCGAUAAGUCCAGAUGAGUUUCUUAAAUCUCUGGACUUGGAAGAUGAUCAUGAGGAUACAGACUCUGACACAAGAGACGACGAGCAGUCCGGCUCUGACACAGGAGAUGACGAGCAGUCCGGCUCUGAUAUGGAAGAUGAAGAAAAGUCCGGCUCUUCAGGAGAAGAUCUCACUUUUUAA